GGGGCCGGAACCGGAAGUGCUUCGGGGAGGGGGGAAGCGAGGAGGAGGCAGCGUGAGGAGAUGGCGGCCCGCGGCGCUGCCAGGCGCGGGGCCGGAGCGGGGCCCGGCCGCGGCCCCGAGCCGCAGGAGGAGCCCCCGCCGCCGCUGCAGGCCGUGCUGGUGGCCGACAGCUUCAACCGGCGCUUCUUCCCCAUCUCCAAGGACCGGCCGCGGGCUCUUUUACCUAUGGCAAACGUGGCCAUGAUUGACUACACCUUGGAGUUCCUAACAGCGACUGGAGUGGAAGAAACCUUUGUUUUCUGCUGUUGGAAGUCAGCUGAGAUAAAAGAGCAUUUACAAAAAUCCAAGUGGUGCCGUCACACCUCUCCCAACACGGUGCGCUUCGUGACUUCCGACCUGUACCGCUCCCUGGGGGACGUGCUGAGAGACGUUGAUGCCAAGUCCCUUGUUCGUUCUGACUUCAUUCUGGUCACUGGGGAUGUGGUGUCCAACUUCAAUAUAUCCACAGCCUUGGAAGAGCACAAGUUGCGUCGUAAGAUGGAAAAGAACGUUUCUGUGAUGACGAUGAUUUUCAAGGAGUCCUCGCCUGGUCACCACGCCAGGUGCAAGGAGGAUGACAUUGUCAUUGCUAUGGACAGUGCCACGAACCGCGUCCUUCACUAUCAGAGAACCCAGGGGCUGAAACGCUUCCGCUUUCCUAUGAGUCUAUUUCAGAACUCUAUUGAGAAUGUGGAGGUGCGCCAUGACUUGCUGGAUUGUCAUAUCAGCAUCUGCUCUCCACAGGUGGCUGAGCUUUUUACUGACAAUUUUGACUACCAGACGCGGGAUGACUUUGUGCGUGGUCUGUUAGUGAAUGAGGAGGUCCUGGGGAACCAGAUCCACAUGCAUGUAACGACAGAAGAGUAUGGUGCUCAUAUAUGCAACCUGCUGAUGUACGAAGCUGUGUGCUCUGACAUCAUCAGACGCUGGGUUUAUCCUUUGACUCCGGAGAUGAACUUCACUGAUGAUGAGAACCAGAGUUACACCCAUUCCAAACACAACAUUUACCGGGGGGUGGAUGUUAGCCUUGGUCACGGCAGCGUGCUGGAAGAGAACGUGCUCAUUGGGCAGGGAACCGUCGUCGGCAGCGACUGCUCCAUAACGAACAGUGUUAUAGGGCAGAACUGUAGGAUAGGUGACAAAGUCACUUUGGACGGAGCUUUUCUCUGGGACAACGUACGGAUAGCAGAUAACGUGGAGAUCAUCCAUUCUGUUGUCUGUGAUAAUGCUGAAGUGAAGGAGGAAGUAAAGCUAAAGCCGCGCUGUGUCCUCUCCUCUCAGGUAGUAGUAGGUCCUGGCAUCACGCUUUCUGAGGGCACAGUGAUCUCCCUGCACCCGCCAGAUGAGGAGGAAGAGGAUGACGACCAGUUCAGUGAUGAUUCUGGCGUGAAUAAGGAGGAGAAUAAAGUCAAACUGAAAGGUUACAACAGAAAGGAUGUAGGCUCAGAAGGCAAAGGCUAUCUUUGGAAAGCAGAUGACAAGAAUGAAGAGGAUGAAGAAGAGCAGAGACAGAGUCUAUGGGGCCCGGCUGUGCAUUCAGAAGAAGAGAGUGAGUCAGACAGUGACCUGAGCAUGGGCUCCGAGGAGCCAGACAGUCGGGCAGCAUCCCCUCAGCUAGAUGACAUCAAAGUUUUUCAGAAUGAGGUUCUGGGUACGUUACAGAGGGGUGAAGAGGAAAACAUUUCUUGUGACAACCUGGUCCUGGAAAUCAACUCUCUCAAGUAUGCCUAUAACAUUGGCCUGAAGGAGAUGAUGCAGGUGCUCAGUAAAGUGAUUCUGGAGUUCCCACUGCAGCAGCUGGAUGCAAACCUGGACUCCCAGAACUAUUUCUCAGCAUUACUUCCUCUGUUGAAGAACUGGACCCCGUUGUUUAAGAACUACAUAAAACGUGCGUCAGAUCACUUGAAUGCCUUAUUUGCCAUUGAGGAAUUCUUCCUGGAACAUGACAGUCUUUGCACAUCAAUAGCUAAAGUGUUGAUGACAUUUUACCAGCUGGAAAUUCUGGAAGAAGAUGUAAUUCUCAACUGGUUCUCUCUGCGGGACACAUCUGACAAGGGAAAGCAGCUUCGUAAAAACCAGAGGCUCCAGAAGUUUAUCCAGUGGCUGGAGGAGGCAGAAGAAGAGUCGUCUGACGGCGACCAAGACUGACACGGUGGCUUGGCAUGAGAAGAGGCACUCUCACUGCCUUUCCGGGCCAAGUGGGCAGGGCAAGAUCAGUGCCAGUGCAUGGUGUGUAGAUGUGGGGCCUGACAUCGAAGUGACUGACAAUCCCAUCAUUAAUUCUGUUGUGCAUUCCCAACGUUGCCACUUCCUUCCCUCCCUCACUUGUCUAGUGGCACAUCAUGUUGGGUGGUUGUAGCACGGUGUAAGAACCACAAGGGAAAAGCAGGAGGUGAUGAUACCUAGAAUCCCUCUGAAGCCUGGAUAUGGUACACCAUAAGCUAUCUUUUGGAAGCUCCGUGUUACUAAUGCAAAAGGAGCAAACAGAUGCAAAUGCAUCGCCCGUAUAAACCUAACCAUUGGGGUUGUGGAAGAGUGGUCAUACAGCUAAAUUAUUUGGUGUCAUUAUUGCUUCUGGAGCUCAGAACUGCUGAAGAGACACUGGCAAGGUUGGUAGGUAGGAGGAUGUGGAUGAGGAUCUGGAGUGCAGGACUGAGUUUCGAGAGUUCCUGUGCCUGGAGAAGAUGCAGUUGUCUUAGGAUGCCCAAGGCAUUUUGCAGCCCAGAAGGCACUUCUGUGAUCUUGAUGAAAGGGAGAAUCUCUUGCCAUCUGCUGUGCUGGGAUCUAACACGAGGUUGCACAGUGGAGUUGGUAGCACCACGUGUUUCCUCUUUCUUUAGAACAGGAUCAUAGGUACUCGGCUUCCCCGACAGGGGUUGACUAAUAGUGGGUGCACACUGGUCUAUGUGGUUUACCGCAUCUUAGAUGUGAUAUGUCUCAUGCUCAUCCCCAGCUGUUUGUCUCCCCCCCUUUAUUUCUUUUGGUAAAAAAGCAGAGCAAAGAGAGCAGAGAUGCCUGGCUUCUCCUGCUGCACAACUACACUUGUGUUUUUCUCCGAGGGCACUGAUUGCACCAACUCCUUUAAGGAGAACGCAAGUUUCUAAGUUCUGCUCCAAUGUGAAAAAGAGCGAGUGGUAUCUCCUCAAACUGCACGUGCGUUGUGUUUCCAAAUGAUUUUGGUUAUAUAAGCUUUCUUACUCAAACUUACGCCUUUUUAUUUGAGAACUUCCCCUCCCUCAGACAGCAGGGAAAGUGCUGCAAACCCAUUGUAAAGGUCAGCAGCUGCAGAGCUGCUCGGCGUGCAGCAGGGAACGAGCGUGCCUCUGGCGCUUUGUUGCCAGCACGAUGUGUGGCAGGCAGCAGUAAGGCCUUUAAGAACAACUUGCUUGGAAAUGUCUCUGUGCUGCGUUCUUCUCUGCUCUUCUAAAGAACAGAGCAAAAAAGGCCCAGUGGGAAUCAGCUUGUGUUCGUAGGUGGGUUCUAUGUUGGACGUGCUGACCUUGCCUCUGUCCCUUCAGGAGGAGCAUGGAAUAAAUCCCUUGAGAUGGGGGUUGGAAUAUGCACUGGAGCUGCCCACUCAGGAUAUUUACUUGGCCGUUCCGUGGUGCCACAACUGUCAGUGAGGGGACAGUGUUGGGUGCUGGAGGCCAGGGAUGCUGCCUCUUCAAAACUGAUGUCCAGCCAGGGCGAUCUCGUGCACUCCCACUAUCAGUUGCCAGGACUGUGCGUAACUGUGCUUGUUUUCUGACAUGGCAAACUCGGUCUUGUAAAUGUUGGGGAAAUAGUUGGUAUCUGAGUUUUCUGUAUCUGCCAAUAUUUAAUUCAGGGAGCAAAUAAAAACUAUCCUGGUGAUACUG